AUGACGACCUUGUGUAGAUCCUGGGUUUUCUCUAUCUUCUUCUGCUUGUCAAUUGCUGUCCCCUUGGCAACCUCUCUCUCCUUCAACUUCUCUUCUUUCGAUCAAUCCAGUCGAUCCAAAAUCCAACAACAAGGGGAUGCAUACGUCGCCAAUGACCGCAUUCAGCUCACCAAGAAUCAGCUGGACGGCAGUAUCACCAGUAGCGGGGGUCGAGCAGUGUACGGGGAGCCGCUGCUCCUGUGGGAUCCUGAAACCCGUGAGCUGACUGAUUUCACCACUCGUUUUGUCUUCGCCAUCAAUGGUCUGAAUGAAUCUUCGACCGGCGAUGGUGUCGCUUUCUUCCUGUCGUCGUAUCCUUCUGCCAUCCCACCCAAUUCGCUCGGCGGCGGCCUCGGCCUCUUCAACAGCACUCAGCUUGCCGCUGACUUAACAUUCAAUAAUACAGUGGCGGUAGAGUUCGAUACGUUUAAGAACGACUUUGAUACAUCCGCCAACCACAUCGGAAUCGACGUCAACUCCGUCAAGUCCUCUGCGGUUGUGGAUUGGCGAAGCAAUAUCAAGGAUGGUAGGGAGGUAAAUGCUUGGGUGAGCUACAACGCCAGCACUCGUAACUUGAGCGUCUUCAUGACUUACGCUCAAGAUGCAGGGUCCGGCAACUCCAGUCUCUCCUACCUCAUUGAUCUGCGGCGUGUUCUACCAGAGAAGGUAGCAGUGGGCUUCUCCGCGGCCACCGGUAGUGGAAUCGAGACGCAUGCCCUUCUGUCGUGGUCUUUCAACUCGAGUUUGCUACCAAAAAGGAAGAGUAAGAUGGGGCUCGUGGUCGGUGUAGUAAUCGGGGCAGCGGUCCUAAUGGUUGUGUUGGGCUCGCUCGGUUUAAUUUUGCGGAGGAGGAGGAGGAGGAGGAGGAGGACCACUGGGAGGGAUGCAGAAGAUGAAGAGGAGCUGGAAUUUGACCGGAACAUGGAUGACGAGUUCGAGAGAGAAAGAGGGCCAAAGAGGUUCGCUUACCAAGAGCUGGCCGACGCGACAAGGAAUUUCUCCGAGGAGGAGAAGCUGGGCGAGGGAGGAUUCGGAUCGGUGUACAGAGGCUACUUGAAGGAUUCGAAGCUUGAAGUGGCAAUCAAGAGGAUCUCCAGGGGAUCCAAACAAGGAAGAAAGGAGUACGUCUCGGAGGUCAAGAUCAUAAGCCGGCUGAGGCAUCGGAACUUGGUGCAGUUGGUGGGUUGGUGCCACGACCGCGGGGAGUUCUCGCUUGUCUACGAGCUCAUGCCCAACGGAAGCCUCGAUUCCUAUCUAUACAGCACAACCAGGCUUCUCGAGUGGCCGGCGAGGCACAGGGUUGCGCUAGGCUUGGCCUCUGCGUUGCUCUAUCUCCAUGAAGAGUGGGAGCAGUGCGUGGUGCAUCGCGACGUCAAACCCAGCAACGUCAUGCUGGAUUCAGCGUUCAACGCCAAGCUGGGAGAUUUUGGGCUGGCAAGGCUGGUCGACCACGAUCGUGGCUCGCAGACGACGGUGUUGGCGGGCACGAUGGGGUACUUGGCCCCCGAGUGCGUCAACACCGGCAAGGCCAGCAAGGAGUCCGAUGUUUACAGCUUCGGAAUCUUGGCGCUGGAGAUCGCAUGUGGACGAAGGCCUGUGCAGCUGAUGGAGCAGGCGAGCAAGGUGAGACUGGUGGAAUGGGUGUGGGAGCUCUACGGCUGGAGAAGAUUACUUGAAGCGGCCGAUGAGAAGCUUGGUGGCGUCUUCGACGAGAAGCAGAUGGAGUGCUUGAUGGUUGUGGGGCUGUGGUGUGCUCAUCCUGAUUACGAUCGACGCCCAUCGAUCAAACAGGUGAUCAACGUGCUUAACCUCGAGGCUCCAUUGCCGGAGCUCCCACCGUCGAUGCCGGUGCCGAUGUAUUACGCGCCUCCCAUCGAGGCGUACAGGUUAUCCUACGCAUCCUCUGAUGCAGGAACAACGAGCGCGAGUUCUGCAUCCACAGCCUGCGUUACCGACUCUUCCAACUCGAACAUGUCACGAGGAUUAUCGUCAACGACGUCGCACUUACUGAAAUUUCAGUGAGGCCGGCACUAAACACGCCGGUUCAUAUUACGAUGUUAUUUUUUAACCAAAACCAUAAUGAUGAUGUUGUAAGAAGGCGUAAUUGACAAUAAUUCAUGAUGAUUAUAGAUUUUUCUGAAAA